AUGAAGGGAUGGAGACGCAGGAGCGACCAUGCCCUCAAUCCGUCCUGUCAUUCGCCGUCACUAGAAGCACAACAGAAUUUGCGUGGUUGCCUUUUGAACCACAAGAGUAUCCGACGUGAUACCGGUGAAAAGCCGGCGAACCAGAAACAAGAGGCAGCGACACGGAACAGUACAGAGGCAGAAUCCUUGCCAGCUGAGUCCAGGUCUGCCGACUCCGACAAGCCUGCAGAAGACGCGCACGAAGCCACGCCUGAGCUGGAUACAGAACAAACAGCGACCUCGAAACCCAACGGUAACGAUCGUCUAGCCCGUUUUGCAGCCCUGAAGAAGCGCGCGACAGCCUCCGCAAAGUCCAACCUAACUGAAGCCAAGGCUGAGGCUCAGCGCGCCGCAGUAGACCCAUCAAUUCUCUCAAAUCUGUCACGACGUAGUGCCAUAGCUCAGCACAAUCUCCUCAAAGCAGACACCGAAGAACAACUAGGCACCGGCGCAUUUGAGCGCAAGCGCGCGUGGGACUACACAAUCGAAGAGAGCGAAAGAUGGGAUGAGCGAAUGGCGCAAAAGAAAGAGGCUCGCGACAAAAAUGCAUUUAGCGACUAUGGAGCAGAAGCUGCGAAAAUCUACGACCGCCAAAUCCGGGAACUAGAAAAACAAGCCGCCAAGGACGGCGGACGCAAUCGCGAAGAGUACCAGAAGCAAAAGGCCGAACUGAUCGAGCAGGCUGCACGUUCAGGUGGACUGGAGAUCGUAGAAAUAGAAAAUGGAGAGCUAGUGGCCAUCGACCGUGACGGCAGAUUCUACGCCGACGAGAACAACACUGGAUUCGUCGAGCAGAAACCAAAUAAGGAGAACGUGGACCGUCUGGUUGAGGAUAUCCGCAAAGCUGAAGAGAUACGCUUGCAGAAGAGGAAGAAGAGGAGAGGUGAAGGCGAUGAUGGGGACGUCACGUAUAUCAACGAGAAGAACAAGCAGUUUAACCUCAAGCUCGCUAGGUUCUACGAUCGGUAUACCACGGAUAUUAGGGAAAGUUUCGAACGAGGCACCGCAGUAUGA